UAUAGUUGAUUUACAAUGCUGGGUUAGUUUCAGAUGUACAGCGAAGUGAAUCAGUUGUACAUAUACAUAAAAUGAACAUCUUUAUGCAAAAUCAUAGUCAAUCAUUUCUUUAGGUAGAUUACGGGGAAGCGAAUUACAAAGUAUAUUAUAAGUAUUUUUAAAGCACUUAUGACAUUUUUUAAACAUUAAAAAGUUUUUCCUUGCAUUUCUUUAUGUGGUUCCUAACCAGCUUGACUUAAAACUCCACUGGUGUUUAUAAUCCUUUCUCCCCCGCUUCUCUUUUUCAAUAUUGUCACCCCGUAGAAGUGACUCGAAGUUUCAGUGUCAUCAGCGAGGCUUUGAAAUCCGAAAUCAUGGAGACCAAUCAGGAAACUUCCCUCUUCUUGGUGAAGAUCUUGGAGGAACUGGACAGCAAGCAAAAUACCGUUUCCUACCAGGACCUGUGCAAAUCCCUGUGCACCCGCUUUGAUCUGUCCCAGCUCUCCAAACUGAGAAGCGUGCUCUUCUACACGGCUUGUCUCGAUCCCAAUUUUCCAGCCACGUUAUUCAAAGACAAGAUGAAAUGCACCGUGAACAACCAGCAAUCGAAGAAAAUCAUGGUGGCGGCAGAUAUCGUGACGAUAUUCAACCUCAUCCAGAUGAACGGGGCUACGGCCAAGGAGAAGCUCCCCAGCGGCCGGCAGAAGAUGCGCAAGAAGGAGGCGUCCUUUGACUUGGGCCGCUCGGACACAGAACUCUGCACCGCGGCCGAGUGUGAGUCCCUCAGCUGCGAGCUGAGCGACCAGCCUUUCAGCCGGGGCUACCCCACCCGCCAGUCUUCCAAGUGCCGCAAGAUGGACUGCAAGGACUGCCCGCAGUUUGUACCUGCCUCCGAGCCCAACUUCCUGCUGGGGGUCAGCAAAGAUGUGAAAAACCGGGCGGCUUCCCUGGACAGGCUGCAGGCUCUGGCCCCCUACUCGGUGGCCAGCCCUCAGCCCUGUGAGAUGCAGAGAACCUACUUCCCCAUGAACAUCGAGAGCGAGUCCAUGUCCGAUCAGGACUCCCUGCCCCUCACCCAGGGCAUCAAGGAGACUUUCAUUUCUAAUGAGGAGCCCUUCGUGGUCCAGUCCUGCGUCCAGAAAAGGAACAUCUUCAAAGAGGAGUUUCACAACCUGAUGACUGUGUCCCCCGAGUUGGCCAGCCCCGCUAACGAGGCUGAGGGCGAGCACGGGAAACCCCAGGGCCGGAAGGAGUCCCACAAGACACCCUUCCCCAAUCACAGCUUUGAGAUGCCCUACAACAGCCAGUACCUGAAUCCCGAGUACUCCCCUGUUCCUGACAAAAGGCGGGCAAAGCACGAAAGCUUAGAUGACCUUCAAGCCUCCACGUAUUUUGGACCCACUCCAGUGAUGGGGACCCAGGAGGCCAGGCGCUGUCCGGGGAGGCCGGGCAAGCAGACCCCCUGGCCGGCCAAAAGCUGGAGCCUAAACACGGAAGAAGUUCCUGACUUUGAACGGUCCUUUUUCAAUAGAAAUCCCUCCGAGGAGAAGCUCCGCUAUCCAAAUCCCAGCAACCAGACCCCCAACUUCCCAACCCCAGACAGGCGCCCAGCUUACCUCAUGCCGCAGGAGCAACAGCCAAUUCUCCCCGUCGGCUACGCGGCCAAGCCAAACGGGCUCAAAUCUAAAGAGGUCUCGUCCCCCGUUGACCUGGAGAAGCAUGAACCGGUCAAAAAGUUUAAAGACAAGAGCAUUAGCUGCACCAGCAGGCAGAUCAGCUCAGACACCAGUAGCGUGGGCACCCAGACGGAGCAGCACGUCCUGGAGCCCAAGAAAUGCAAAGACUUGUGUGCCUCUGGCCAGGGCAAGUACAGUGACAGGCACGCCAUGAAGCAGUCAGAUGACGACUCGGAAGUUGUCAGUGAUGACAUCAGUGACAUUUUCCGAUUUCUUGAUGACAUGAGCAUCAGUGGCUCGACGGGAGUGAUGCAGUCAUCCUGCUACAACAGCACAGGAUCUUUGUCUCAGCUUCACAAGUCGGACUGUGACAGUUCACCGGAGCACAACCUAACCAAAAUCGCCAACGGGCUCCCCAGCAGCAAAGGAGAAAAGGGCAUCCGGCCUGAAAACAGCCACCACUCGGAAGAGGAGUUGAAGACCAGCGUGUGCAAACUGGUGCUCAGGAUCGGUGAAAUUGAACGGAAGCUCGAAUCGCUGUCGGGUGUCCGCGAGGAGAUCUCCCAGGUCCUGGGCAAGCUCAAUAAACUGGAUCAGAAGAUACAGCAGCCCGAGAAGGUGAGUGUGCAGAUAGAUCUGAAUUCCUUGACCAGCGAGGCUCCAUCCGAUGAGAGCGCCUCUCCCCGGAUGUUCCGUGCACACGAUGGCUCCCACGGGCCCAAACUGGAGAACUCGGCCGACUGGUGCUGCUCAGACGCCAGCGGAAGCAACAGCGAAAGCCUUCGUGUCAAGGCGUUGAAAAAAAGCCUCUUCACCAGGCCAUCCUCCAGGUCCCUGACGGAGGAGAACAGCGCCACAGAAUCCAAAAUCGCCAGCAUCUCCAAUUCGCCCAGGGACUGGCGCACCAUCACUUACACCAACCGCGUGGGCGUCGGAGAGGAGGAUGUCAAAGACAGAGGCCCUGGGGAGAGUAAGGACUGGCAUCGAAAAUCUAAAGAGGUAAAUGCACACGUAAGCUCGCGUAACUAGGCAGCAGCCUUACCAUAGCCCUGGUCUGUUUCCAAGCCUGGCAGCUUACAUGACACGAAAAAGAGGCCUGCCCUUCCUGUGCUUGUAAGCCUUCCAGACUUUGCACGUUAGAGCAGAGAGGACAGCAUAGCCUGGUGGCUGGUCCCGCCAAAUUGUCCAUCAGCCCGGAGGAGCACACACUGCUGUGUUGCCGAUGGGAGAAAGCGUGGCUCAGAUAUUGGACUGGUGGUUCGAGACCUGAUUUUCAUAGAAUAGGGGAACAUGGCAGAGCAGACCAAGCAUCACCAAGGAUUUCUUCCUGUCCUUUCUGAAAGGGCAGGAUGCAGGCAGAGAAAAGGAGGGAAAUGACUUAAAAGCGAGCUAGCUCCUAUGGCCCUUUCACGUACUUUGUGGCACGCGUGGUGUUCCUUUGUAAAAGUUUGAGGUUCUUUUUUCAGUUUAAGAUCAAUAGAUCAAUAGAUGAUUCGUAAGAAAAGAAGAUAAAUUAAGGAAAUUAUUCACAAUUCCACUGCCCAAGGAUGGCAACCCUUAAUAUGAUGUCUUUCUUUGCUUUUGAGGUUUUCUCCUACACAGUUUUAUGGGAACUUGAGCGUUUUUCCCCUUGAUAGUCAGCUUCUUUCUGUCGGUGCUGGAGUGAGCACACACACACAUACUUACAGUCUUUCUUCUUCUCGUCCCCUGCAGCAAGGAUGAUUUGUCUCAGCGGCACUUGUGGCUGCUCUUCUUCCUUCUAUGUAGGUUACAUUGAACCCUUUCUGGCCAAAGUGAUGCCAUUUCAAUUUGUUGCUCAUCUCCAUUCCCUUCCCUGAUUCCAAAGGUCAGUGGACAGACCAUGGGGCCUCCCGAGGGCUCGGAGGACCAGUCAUCGGAGAGGGAGUGAAGAGGUGUGGCUGCAGACAUUGAAUACAGAGCAGGAGGCUGGGUCCCUCGAAUGCCAAGCUUAGAAAAUGGAGCCCUUAGGAAGUUUUCAGGGUCCAAAGCAGGGAAAGAGAGUAAAAUAAGAAGUGAUUUUUUUUCUUAUCCCAAAGGAACCUCUGGUACCUGUGCUGGCCACUGUUCUCUUCGGUAGCCACUUACAACACGUGGUGUUGGACAGAAAUCAGAGUAUGUUAUGUGCCGACACUCCGACGAGAUGCCCAGCUGUGGGUCUUCUCCUCUGGCACUGCCGUCGUGUCAAUUAGCUGCCAGAGUCUGGCCAGGUUCCUGGAGCCCUGGGUCUUAGGUAGCAUUGAAAAUGGCCAUUUAGAGCACUCCAGUUGUUUGGCACUUCUAUAGAUAAAUCGAGUUAAACUGAACUAGCCAUGCGUCCAACCUAUAAAAUGUCAAAGCCCCCAGAAACCAACAGAAAUAAGCUUGAGAAAUCCCUUGAAAUGCACAGCUCAAAGUCGCUAGUGUUUGGGGUGAGCGGUCUUCAUUUGGCCUCCUUCUGUGACCUCGUUUCUCCCUCCCGACGUGUGGCUCUCAGCAUCCCUGGGCUGAUGACUGCCAUCGUGGUGAUCAACCCUGGGGCCCUUCUGAACUUUGCUCCCGAAUCUCAAACUGCUGAAGGCCAGCUCCCCCACAUGUCUGCCGCGGGCUGAAAUCUACAGGUCCCAGCUAGAUUUUCUGUUCCUUCAAAGCCAGGCUUCCCUCUCCCUGUACCCAUUCUGGGGUCGCCAUUCUAGCCAUUCCCCAAACUGAAGGGACGUCUCUCAUCUCUGGCUUCCCUCGUUGGCUCUCUCACAUCCAGUUGGGCUACUCGACCCCGUGGAUUUAUCUUUUGUGAUGUUUCUUUCCGCUUAAAUCCACCCUCCCUCCCCCAAGUCCAGGCUCCUACCGCCUCCCACCUGGGAUUUGGGGGCACAUUUGUAACCGGUCUCUCUCGCUCAUCAGCCCCCCACCUCUGCCGCCACUUCCAUCUCAUCGCGUCCACCACUGCUAUGCUCCCUUUCCUAAAGCUCCACUCUGGGGUGUGCAGUGCCUCCUGUUCCCAACUCCUCCUUGACUCCCCUUUGCUCAGCAAAAAGUUUCAAGCCACUCAGCCCGGCCACUCAAACCCAGGGCAUGUCAUGUCCUUCUUCCCAACAGGAGGGCUCCAGUUCACCCGGACUGGGCCCUUCUCCACCUUGAUUUGUCUACCUGGUUUUCCUCCAAAAGUGCCACCCUCAUUCACUCAGUCACUCAUUCAGCAAGUACUGAUGAAGCAUCUAGGAUGGCCAGGCCCCAUCCCACUGUCGAACCUUUACUCACGUGAUUCCUCCAUCAAGAGUUUCCUGUCCAGGGACUUCCCUGGCAGUCCAAUGGUUAAGACUUCACCUUCCAAUGCAGGGGGGUGUGGGUUUGAUACCUGGUCGGGGAGCUAAGAUCACACAUGCCUCGUGGCCUGUGUGAUCUAAACAUAAAACAGAAGCAGUAUUAUAACAAAUUCAAUAAAGAGUUUAAAAAUGGUCCACUUAAAAAAAAACAAAGUGUCCUGUCCACCUCCUCGGUGCUGAUCUAGACACAGUUGCCCUCAAGGCCUCUUAAUUCAUAAGCCUCUGAAAGCCUCCCAAGAUUAUUGCUGGUCUCUGAUCUCCUGCCUUUCAUCCUCUUUGUUCAGACAGAGUAGAUACCAACCUUUACUUUAAAAGUAUCUUAGGUAUACAUACCGACUGCCCUGUUAGAACGCAAACGCCUCCACGGUAGGAGCAGGGAGGCAAGCGUGGGCAGCGGGUAACUUUCCAUCUCCGAAGCGAGAACAAAUUCAAAUCCUGGCUGUGUGACAUUGGGCCAGUUCCUAAACCUCUCCAAGCUGGGUUUCCGCAUCCACAGCGGGGAUUAUAAUGUUAUAGCCUUGCCGAUGUUCUCGAGAAGCUGAAAUGGGAUAUCGCGUGUUCAGCCCCGAGCGCUGCAGGAGACACACACAGUCAGCCCUCAGUUAAUUGUAGUUACGAUGCCUUGUUGUUAUUAUUGGCACCUGCCCUGCCCCCAGCUCGGCACGGGCCCUGCGUGCCGUGGGAGCCCUCUGAGUGUCCGGUAGUGGUGAUCGGAAUGAAUAAAAUCAGUGACACCUUUUAGAAGAUACUUGGGUUUGAUGAGCUAGCAAAUAAGAGGACACCUCACUUUCCCAUUUGGAUUUGGCCAAGUUUAUCCUGCUUUCUCUGUAUCAGCAUCAGAGGUCUUAAUGGUCUGGAAGGGCUCAGAGUUAUACUGUCUUUGAGCAAAGAGCCGAUGGGUCUAGUCUGCUGGUAGCUGGGAGCGUGCUUCUGGUCCCCGCCCACGUGUAGGAUGCACACCCUCCCACUCAUACAGGUUGUCUCGUCAGGUGCUCACACAUAAACUCCCUUUCCUGACACCUGAACGCUUUCUCCUCCUCUUGCUUAUCCGCGCUGUCCGUCACUCAUGUUCUUAUUUUUCCUCUUUCUUUGUCUGUCGCUGACACCCACAGCUCUUUUGGCUCUUUGUUUCGUAUGCACGACUCCAUGGUGCUGGGACCCAUCCCUUUAACAAAGAUUGGAGUGCCUCCUCCUUGGUGGUAUGAUUUUGCUGAGCGGGCGAUUAUUGUCCCCUGCCUUCGGGGCACACUGUCCAGCGGAGGAGACAGACAGACAGACAAACAGGCAGUUACAGUUCAGUGGGACAGUGCUGGCCGCGGGCUCUGUACACAGUCUGAAGGGGUCACGUAGAUGGGCGCUGACCCGGUCUUGGUCAGGGAGUACUUCUGGAGGGAGUGACAUCUAUGUGGAGGUCUGAGGGCCUCAAGUUAGAAGUAGAAAGUACCAGAAGACUCCAGUUAUAACAGGGUUCAUGAAGAACGGAGUCCCCUGGUUCGGGCGGAACUCAAGGACUGAGAACCUAAGUGAUGCCAGCUGUGUUGGGCGCCUUCCUGCCUCCAAACUGUGGUCCAGGCUGUCCCCUUGUCUUGAAGGCCACGCAGAGGUCUCUGAAAAUCACUAGAGGCUCCCACCACGUGCUUUCUGGCUUGGCUUCUUCCAUCCAGAGAAGCAGUGUGGCAUCAGUGGUUUCAGCCAGCUCCUAGGGGGAAGGACACCAUAUCUUUUACUCCUCAGUACCAGGUAGAAAUUGGUAAGAGAAAGAGGGGGCAGUGACUUCCCUGGCUGUCCAGUGGUUAAGACUCUGCGCUUCCAUUGCAGGGGAUGCAGGUUCGGUCCCUGGUCGGGGAACUAAGAUCCCGCAUGCCGCAUGGUGCGGCAAAAAAAAAGAAAAAAAUAAAGAGGGGGAAGUACUAUGCAGUGGUUAAGCAAAGCUUCUCUGAAGCCAGAUGAUAGAUUUAAAUGCCACCUCCUCCCGUUGGCAGCUGUGCGCCCUGGGGUAAAUUACUGAGUCUUUCUGGGCUCCAUUUCCUUACCUGAACAAUGCGUGUUAAUAAUAGUAGUCAUGGUAUGAGGGUUAGAUAAAAUCAUCUCCUCCUGGCAUAGAAAUGUUGGGUCGUUUGAGUAUUAUCAAUGUCAUAAGCUUUUCCCAGUAAAUUUCCCCCAGUCCUGAUAUUCUUUCUAUUUGCUCGUGAAUAACUGCAUGUUGCUACCCGGGCAGAGCCCAGUGAUGAAAAGCUGGUGUCUCCCCACUGGCACUGUGGGCUCUCUGACGGCAUCUGUGUCGCUCUCUGGACUCCUCUGUGCCCCUCUGCAGGCAGACAGGCAGUAUGACAUCCCCCCGCAGCACCGACUGCCCAAGCAGCCCAAAGACGGCUUCCUGGUGGAGCAGGUGUUCAGCCCUCAUCCCUACCCCGCCUCCCUCAAGGCCCACAUGAAGAACAACCCUCUGUACACAGACAUGCGGCUGACGGAGCUGGCGGAGGUGAAGCGGGGCCAGCCUUCCUGGACCAUCGAGGA